AAAGCCCAAAUGUAAAGUAAACAAAUACUAUAAAACCACUUGCAUCUCCCGGAGUUAGGGUUUCUCUGAUAUCAUUCAGUUAGUAAGACAAGGAAAAACAAAAGCCUCUUCCUUAGCUAACUGUCUAAGCGGCUACUUUAUACUGCAUCUCAACCAUGAUCAUCCCAGAAAAGAACCGCCGCGAGAUCUCCAAGUACCUCUUCCAAGAGGGCGUUUGCUAUGCGAAGAAAGACUAUAAUUUGGCGAAGCACCCUGAAAUUGAUGUUCCAAAUCUUCAAGUAAUAAAGCUGAUGCAAAGCUUCAAGUCAAAGGAAUACGUGCGUGAAACUUUUGCUUGGAUGCAUUACUAUUGGUACCUUACAAAUGAUGGCAUUGAGUUCUUAAGGACUUACCUGAACCUUCCUUCUGAGAUUGUUCCUGCUACUUUGAAGAAACAAGCUAAACCUGCUGGUCGUCCCAUGGGCCCUCCCGGUGACCGUCCACGCGGCCCACCACGCUUUGGUGACGGUGAGAGGAGAUUUGGUGACAGAGAUGGCUAUCGCGGUGGUCCUCGAGGAGGCGGUGAUUUUGGUGAUAAAGGAGGAGCUCCAGCUGAUUAUCAGCCUUCAUUCAGGGGCCCUGGAACACGGCCUGCUUUUGGUCGUGGAGGUGGUGGUUAUGGUGGUGCUGGACCUGCUGGUCUUCCUUGAGAGAUGAUUUUUCAUGAUGGAUAAUUUUGUCAGUUUAGGUUUGUUAUCAUAUGGAGUUCAUAGAAGUACUUGUCUUAUGCUUCAAUGUUCGGUAAUUUUGGUUUGAUGCUUAAAAACGCUGCUUCUCUUUGGUUCAUUCAUGGGGAAUUCAGAAACAAUGUUUUCUUUGCA